AUGUUCCGUGCAAUCUUCGACGCCUUCAAUUUCACCUCAACCACCACUGAGGAUUCAGAAGAUGCGCCAUCAGUCACACAAACACAAAACGAGAACAUUGAUGAGGAUGGAUGGGUGAACUUCACGCAUCCAGAAGACGGGGAUGACACCUUCGCCAUCGUCGAGAAUCCCGAGAUUAUGGAGAUGGAUGAGAUGACGAUGGACGAUGAAAUCGAGACGGGGACCACGUUGGGACGACCGGAACUCGAAGCGAUCAAGCGACGAGAGAAACUGAAUUUGGCUAAAGCAAAGACCGCUUUUAGGAAUCAUUUGGAGUCAGUGAUGUUUGCCGAUCCAAAAUCUGGAAAAGACGUGCGAACCACUAAGACUACUCAUGGUUCGACCCAUUCUGGCGUCUCGAACUCAUCCAAUUCAAUUCGCCGCCUCAAUACCCAAUCCCAACGAUCGAAGAAGUCUUCUGGAAAGAGCAACGAUCGUAAAACUCACCGAGUCUCCGAUCUUCAACUCACUGAAGCUUAA